AUGCUCAGCGUCACGCAUACGCUGGCCGUGCACGUCGACAGCCUCAUGCCCAAGACGAAAUACAUCAAAGACGCCCAGCGCAAGCGCUGCGCCCUCUGCCUCCGCCGCUUCCAUCCGUUUCGGCGACGCCACCACUGCCGGCUGUGCGGCGAGGUGGCCUGCCACCAAUGCACGCUAUACGUCACUUUGGUGCUGCCGGGCACAGCGACGUCAUUGACACGCAGUUGCUGCCGGUGCGCCGACGCCAAGGGCCGGGUGCUGCCCAUCGGGCAGGAAGCGGCGCUCGAGCACUGGACCACGCCAUGA